AUGCCGGCCUUUUCUCGACUUAUCCGCUUUCUCGCCAAGAAUGGCAAAACAUACUAUGGAGAUGCCAUUCUACCUGAGGGAGUAACAGACAUCGCAAAGACGAAGAAGGCUCGCGUUAUUACGGGUGAUAUCUAUGGAAAGCAUGAAGUCACAGACCAAAUCGCGGACGUCCGAUUACUUCUAGCACCCCUCGCAUUAGACGAUGUAAAGACUGUCCGGUGCUUGGGCCUUAACUACGCCUUACACGCGCAAGAGGCUGGCCUCCCACUGCCGAAAUUCCCCGUCCUAUUCUAUAAGCCAGUCACAUCUCUAUCGGGACCCGUAGACCCGAUCCCGAUACACCCUGUAGCACAAGAGGAAUUAGGACUGGACUACGAAUGCGAGCUUGUCUUUAUUAUCGGCAAGGAGGCUAAGGACGUUUCGGAGGACGAGGCUCUAGACUACGUACUCGGCUACGCCAUCGGCAACGAUGUAUCGCACCGCGACUGGCAAGUUGUCCGAGGUGGCGGCCAAUGGUCGCUAGGUAAGGGAUUCGACGGCUGGGCGCCGUACGGACCGGGUAUUGUGACCGGAAAUGUCAUCAAGGACCCACAAACCCUGAAGAUUAGCACCAGAGUGAACGGCCAGACCGUACAGGAGAGUAACACGGCGGACCAAAUCUUUAAUGUCAAACAGACCAUCGCAUUCUUGAGCAAGGGCCACACGUUGCUCCCGGGUGACCUGAUCUGGACGGGAACACCCUCGGGUGUCGGAAUGGGCCGCAAACCACAGCUAUGGUUGAAGGAUGGUGACAUCGUCGAGGUCGAGCUUGAGGGUGUUGGUAUUGUCACCAACAAGGUUGAGUUCCUAGGCAAGGAGGAUUCCGCUAAGUUGUAG